AUGCCUGACUGUUCAAAGAAUCUCUCGGAAUCCUUCGCCGUCCAUCAGCCCCCACUGCAAGAAUUGGGAGAAGCCAUUCGCGAGGGUCUCGUCGAGAACUUCAAGGAGGUCGCCGUCAAUGUUGUCCCGUGUCCUGACCUCCAACAGCCCGAAUUCGGGUUGACCGGAAAAUAUUUCGGAGCCGAGCUGAGGAUCGCUGACAUUGGCGGACCUGGCAAUCUGUUCCCCGAAUUGAGGAAGGACAAGGAGUUCGAUUUAAAGGAGAUCUGCCAGACGUGCGACGCGAAAAAUGGGUCAGCUUUUGGUCCGGGAGCCGGGCCUUGGCCUACUGUAGGCACCUGCUGCGAAAUGGUGGCCGAUAUCGAUUGCGCCAAGAAUAAGGUGAACACGAAGAUUGCGAAAAUCGUGGAGACGGAGAAGGGCUAUGAGCAGAGUACGGUAGAUACCCCAAAAUUCAACCUGAUGGCCAAUCUGGCCAUUUCCGAGGAUUCUGAGAAACAGGUCGAUGUCGUUCACGUGACGGUGAAAGGGCGGACCGGAAAGUUGAAUUUCACGGAUGCCAUCCGAAAAGCUGUUGCCGAUUGCUAUGCCAAGAGACCGGUAUCUCUCGGCGGUGUCUUCAUCAUUCGAAAGGGAAAAGCCAAGCUUCAUGUGAUGCCCGAUUUCCCGGCUUGCCCAUGGAAUACCGAAGAUGAGAUCACGGACAAAUGGUUGCGCUACUUUGAAAUGUCAGCCCCGCUCGUCUGCUGCACUGUCAUGCAUUCCAGUGAUCCGGGACAUCAGCUAAGAAUGGAGCACACGCAUUGCUUCUCGAGCCACGGCGACGCUGGCCAUUAUCACUACGAUACCACCCCGGAUGAGGUGGAAUACGAGGGCUGGUUCGCGCCCGCCAUCAAGGUCUACAGAAUUGACAAGAUU